AUGGGUACAUCAGAGAAAAGACGCUCCAUCUUGUUCCCCUUUGCGAAAAGUACGCCCAAAGAGACCAAGUUUGAAGUGGUGAACAGAAAGAAGAACCCUGCUCAAAACUUAGCAGCCAAUGCUCAAUCAACUUCACAACAGAGCUCUACAAGAUCAUCUCAACCUUCACCUUUUGAUCCUCCAUCCAGCUCAAGAACUUUACCGAAGCCACAACCCAAACCAGCAAGUUCAAUUAGUUCUGGCCCAUCUUCUACAAAACCAGCACCUUUACCAGUACAAUCAACUUCAUCAAAAUCACAUCCGUUACACAUUCCAAAUCCAAUAAAGCACAGAUCAUCUUCUCAAAGUACCCAGGAAAAGGUCACACCAAAUGAUUUACCUCGUUCUAAUUUAGAUGUGAACUUUAGUGUCCCUCCUGUACCUGAUUAUAAUAAUACUUUAAAUGCUCCACCAGUUACAAUCAAGGGAAGAUCAGUUUCUUUAACCAAGAAAGAUGCACCACCAAGAAGGAAACCACCAACUGAAGCAGCAGCAAAUGAUAGUUCAUCAUCCUUAGGUGGUCUUAAUAAUUACUCAACAAAUUCAAUAACAGGUUCUGCCUUAUCAUUCCAAAGUUCAAAAUUAGAUUCAACAUCUGUUCAAGAAGAAGAAGAAGAAGUCAAACCAAAAGAUCUUUUAAAUGGACCUUCACCUCAAAAACCAUCAAAUUUGAGAACUGUAUCAGGUAAUGAUAUACCCUUCACUGAACCACAGAGUCAAACUUUACAACCACCUUUACCUCCAAGUAUUGUCAUUACACCAAAUAAAUCUGAUGAAAGUGUACCAAAAACAGAACCUCAGAUAGAAUCUCAACAACAAUCAAAUGAUACUAAAGAAAUAGAAAGAAGAACAGCAGAUUUGAAUAUUGAUGACAGGACUCCAGUACAACCUAUAAACCCACCUGCUCAAGAACCACUUAUUCAAGAAACUCAACCUUAUAAUGAUAUACCUUUCCAAAGUACUGAUAGUUUCCAGGUUAGCAUGACUGAACCUCUCAAUGCAAGAUCACCAUUCAUUGACUCAUCAAAUAAUUAUUCACAAGCUGAUAGUUUUGCCUCAGCAUCAGAGUUUAGAGAUAAUUCACAAAGUAGUAUGAUUUAUGAAACUCCGAAUGAUACAAGUCAAGCUAAUAUAGUUGAACAAGAACCUAUUAAUGAAGAUAUUAAUAAUCCACCCAAACUCGAUCAAGCUCAAACUCCACCUUUACAAUUAGACACCCAGAAUAAAGACGUUGAAUUACCAAAAUUCCCAGAACAAGUUCAAGUUGAACUUGGUGAUGAUCCUGAUACAAGUUUCGAAGUUCAACCUCUGUUUUUCCAUAAAAAGACAAGAAGUGGUGUCUCUGAUAUAACCACAUCAAGUGCUCCAUAUUUAGCAUCACCAUCUAAACAAAAUGAACCAGGUAAAGGUCAUGGUAAACAAUUAUCAUUAUCUGAUGAUAUCCUGAGAGAUAUUGAAGAAUUUCAGAGUGCAAUUCCUUCACAUGUUAAUGAAGACCCUGAUGAAAUUUCUCCAGUAUCACCUUUAGCUUUACAACUUGGUAAUGAAUUACUACCAUCAGGUCAACAAGAACCUAGAAGAUCUGCAUUAUAUGAAGAAGUUAGUUAUGAUGGAGAUGAUUAUGAUUAUGAUUCAGAACCAGAAUUACAACAAGAAUCUGAGAAACAACAGUUAAGAGUUCAUAAUCCAGAUGCCGAAGAUAAUGAUGCUGAUCAAGGGUCAUUAUUCCAAGAUUCAUCUGAUGAAGAUUUCAAGAAAAAUCAAAGAAGAGAAGAAGCUAUAAUACAACCAUCGUUAUCGGGACAAGAAGAAGCAUUCAAUCCAAGUGAAUUCGAUUAUGGUCACGUUGGAGGAUUGGAUAAUUUUGAUUCAAGAGCUAGUUCAGUACAGCCAGAGGUUGGAUAUUAUGGAGGUAAUAUCAAUGAUACACCACACAAGAGUAGAGAUGAACUAAACAUACCAGCUCCAACACCUGGAAGAAUGGGUCUUACUGAUGAUGAUGAUGACGAAGACGAUGAUAUCAAUGACUUUAGAGCUAACGGUGGCACUUUCGAAAGAGGUCUUGAACCAAGAAAUGAGUUUGAUCAAUAUACUGGGGAAGAGUUUCAACCAAGAAACGAAUUUGGUGAUUAUACAGAAGAGUUCAACUUCAAUGGUGGAAAUAAUUAUGAUCAACAGCUUUCAAUACCAAGAUCACAUUCAUAUCAUAAUAUUUCAGAUAUUGGAUCACCAAUUGAAAGUCAUUCCUAUAGUUCAAAUGUACCAUCAUCUCAAGUCAAAUCAAGUACUACAUCUGGUGAUGAAGGAUAUAAUUAUGAUAGAUCUUCAAGAAAUAAUGAAAGUGACCAGGCUUCAUCAUCUUAUUAUGGACAAGCUGCUCAAACAAGAAGAUUUCAUGUGGUCAAUACUGGUAAUUAUUCAGAUGAAGAUGACGAUCAAAGUUCAAGACAAUUUUCAUAUGAUCAAUCGUUCGAUGAUAGUCGACCAGAUGCAUUAAACAAUGAUUAUAGCGUUAUUCAUCAACAAGUAACAAAUAGCCCUGGUAGAAAUAGAGAUUCAGAUGAUGAAGAAAUGUUGAGUUUUAUAGCUAAAUCUCCUGUACAGACUGAUUUUUCAUUUGAACCAAAAUCAACUUCACCAAGAUUUGCAAAUAAUCCAAAUAAUAUGAGUGAUAUUGAUUUAUCUAAGAAUCCAAAUCCUCCAUACGAAAGUCCAGUCUCUACUACCAGCCCAAUCAAUGCAUAUGAUAGAAGAGAUGAUACAGUUGCACCAGUCCAAUAUGCCAAAGUUGCAAGUGCUGCUUCACGAAGACCACCUCCAUUAAGUGCUGCUCCAAAGACAACAAGAGCUGCCAGAUCAUUAUCCACAAGUCAACCACCACCUGCAUUUAAUUAUAAUACAUUACAAGAAAAUCAAGCAAAUGAUUUAACAGUACCACCACCAGAAGCUCAUGAACCUGAAAAAUCAAGUUAUGUUGAAAUGUUGAGAAUGAGUUCUGGAACAGCAAAUAGUGAUGUUUCAGCUAGAACUUGGGGUGUUCCAAUCGGUAUUGCUGAUAUUGAUCAUUCCAAGAUGAGUACACAUUCUUCAAGAACAGCUUAUAAAAGAGCUCAACGUACAAAUAAAAGUGAUUUGAAACAUGGUAAGAUAAAACCAAGAUUAUUAGCAUCUGAAGUUGAUGAUGAUGAUAUUUCAACUGAAGUUGUGUCAACGAUGGAUGGUCAAUCUUCCAUCAAUGAAUUAGAAAAAUCAAGAACACCUUCACUUCAUUCACCUUCACAAUCACUUUCAAAUUUUUCUCCAAAUAGAACUCCAUCAAGUGUUAGUGGCUUCACAAAUUCACUUCCAGGAUCUGGUAACUCAGCUGCUGCUCAGGCUGCAUUAACAAGAUCUGGUACCUUGCUAAAUGAUAGGAUUGGUCCUCAAUUAGGAAGAUCUGGUAGUGUCAUGAGUACAGUGAAACCAGUUAACAAUAUGACAUUAUACAUUGCUAAUCCAGACAUCGAUGAAGAUGAUUAA